AUGGCUGAUUAUGAUGGUGAAGAUGCUGGCUUUGAAGAUUUUGAAGAUGCCGGUUAUGAAGAUGAAUAUAUCGAAGAAGAGAACCAACAAGAAGCCUAUACAGAUAUUGUAGAUCCAAACCAAGAAAAUAGUGCAGAAGCAGGUAAAAUUCCAAAUCAUCUUAGAAGAACAACUAGAUAUAUGACUAAAUACGAAAGAGCUAGAUUAUUAGGUUCAAGAGCUUUACAAAUUUCAAUGAAUGCACCAAUUAUGGUCGAAUUAGAAGGUGAAACCGAUCCAUUACAAAUCGCUUGGAAAGAAUUAAGAGCAAAGAAAAUCCCUUUAAUUAUUAGAAGAUAUCUCCCAAAUGGAAUGUACGAAGAUUGGAGUGUAGAUGAACUUUCAAUUUAA